GCGUACUGUCACCCCGCCCGCCCCCAACAUGGCUGCGGCAAUGGCGGAGCAGGAGGGCUUCAAAGGUAGUGCCCGAAACCGGGGCGGGGUGCAGCGGGUGGAAGGAAAGCUGCGAGCCAGUGUGGAGAAAGGCGACUACUACGAGGCUCAUCAAAUGUACAGGACACUUUUCUUCAGGUAUAUGUCACAGAGCAAGCACAUAGAAGCAAGAGAAUUAAUGUAUUCCGGGGCUCUCCUAUUCUUCAGCCAUAGUCAACAAAACAGUGCUGCUGAUCUGUCCAUGCUUGUCUUGGAAUCUCUGGAGAAACAUGAAGUGAAGGUGACAGAGGAGCUUUUAGAAAAUCUGGCCAAAUUGUUUAGCUUGAUGGAUCCAAACUCUCCCGAAAGAGUUGCUUUCGUCUCCAGAGCUUUGAAGUGGUCUAGCGGAGGAUCUGGCAAAUUCGGUCACCAAAAGCUACAUCAGUUUUUGGCUAUUACAUUGUGGAAAGAACAAAACUACUAUGAGUCCCGUUAUCACUUUCUGCACUCGUCAGACGGGGAAGGCUGCGCAAAUAUGUUGGUGGAAUAUUCCUCGACCAGAGGAUACCGGAGCGAAGUGGACAUGUUUGUGGCGCAGGCAGUCUUGCAAUUUCUGUGCUUAAAGAACAAAACAAGCGCAUCAGUGGUCUUCACAACAUACACACAGAAGCAUCCGUUAAUAGAAAGGGGCCCUCCAUUUGUGCAACCCCUAUUAAACUUCAUUUGGUUCUUACUGCUGGCUGUAGAAGGGGGGAAAUUAACUGUAUUUACGGUGUUGUGUGAGCAAUAUCAGCCUUCUUUAAAGAGAGAUCCUAUGUAUAAUGAGCAGUCAUCAUCUUAUGGGGGGUUAUUGGGUAACCUACUGAACAGCCUCAUGGGCUCUGGAGAAGACGACGAUGUGGAAGACGGCCAAGAAGACAGCAGCCCCAUUGAACUAGAUUGAGAAAGAAGCAGCGAGUGAAUCUGGAGCUGCAUGAUUAAAAAAACAGGAGCUCAAAAGACCAAUUCUAUGAUUUGCAUCUUUGAAGGGUUGUUUUGUAAGCAGCUGUGGUGAGAUGUGUUAGUGUCCCGCUGAUGGAGACCUUUGCUCUGGGUACAUCAUGUUAAAGAGCUAGAGCGGAAUUCAUCCCGUGCAUACUGAACAUUUUUCCCCUCGAGCCUUUGCGAAUGGCGUGUGCAUUUUACUGUGAAGCACAUGGUUUUCCUAACAUGUCAAAGCCAAGCAGAUCAAUAGAGAGAAUCCCUUCACUUUAGCAAUUUGCCAUCUCAUUCCAUCAUCUUCUUUGUCGGGUUUUUGGUGAAUGAGGAAUUUUAGAUGUCUGUCCUUUAGGUAUACGCCCAUACUAUCAUUGUCACGCCUCCCACCUAUCUCCAUGUUUCACUACAGGAAACAAGCGACUCCCUGCACUACUCCAAGUACCCCUGUGCUGCAACUCCCAGUAUCUUCCAGCAGGUAGAAGGAUGGGAGUUGCGGUUCAGCAGCAGCUAGAAUAGCCACAGGUCAAAAACACAGUUGGGACUUCAACAAUUCUGUUUGAUGUGUCAACAAGUAUUUUCUUUUGCUGCUGUUGUUGUUGUUGCGAGCCUGCUGGGAUCCAGUGUGUGUGUGUGAGUGAAAGUGGAACGUUUGUUUCUCAGACACAAAAUCAAGAUAAACGACACCAAGAACAUUAUUUAAUAUACAAUGGACAUUCUUUUAAUAUAUUCAAUAUUUAUUACCGGCAAGGUGAUUUUUGUACAUUUAAUCCCCAUUCGUUCCUUUACUGGCCAACUCUCGCAGCGGCAAGCGAAUGGGAUGUUUUAUGUAUUAGACGAUGCAUUUAGGAGCGCCAGCUAAUUCCACGCGGCAGUUGGCGUCUUAUGAUUUAACAAUUAUGGGAACAUUUUUUUUGGUUUCGUUUUUUUAAAUUUCUCCUUGGGA